GUAAGUGAGAGUGAGAGAGAGAGAGAGAGAGAGAGAGAGAGAGAGAGAGAGAGAGACAGACAGACAGACAGACUGACAGACAGACUAGAGCAGAGCAAAGGAAAGAGACAGCCUUAAAAGUAAUCUGCUGCUGAGAACAUGGGGACUGCUAAUCAACCUGUGUUUGCUCAGUGUUAAUAACAGCUGAAAAUGUGUGGCUCCCUGCUGGAAUCUCUUGGCUUUUACAGAAGGGGAUCAGACACAAGCUGGACACCAGGUCCUAUUCCAAACACUCCCAGAUAAACUAUUCGGGAAAAGUUUCCUCCAGGCAGGGCGCUAUAUCAUGUCCCAUAAAUCAUGGAUGAAGACAGUUCCGACUGAGAAUUGUGAUGUACUGAUGACAUUUGCAGAUACAACUGAUGACCACACGUUGCUAUGGCUGCUGAAUCACAUCCGGCUGGGAAUCCCGGAGCUGAUCAUUCAGAUUCGGCAUCAUAAGCACACCAGCGUUUACGCUUUCUUCAUCACGGCCACUUAUGAGAACUUGCUACGAGGAGCUGAGGAAAUGGGUCUGCGUAAACCAGUGAAGCAGGAGUUCGGCGGCGGGACCAGGGUGCUGUGUUGUGACGAGGAUUACAUCUAUGAAAACAUUGAAAAUGAAAUCUAUUUCUUCACUUCUCAGGAACGGCAGAGUAUCAUCAAGCACUGGCUGGACAACCUGCGGGCCAAGCAGGGAGAGAGCCUGCACAACAUCCACUUCCUGGAGGGGCAGCCAAUUAUUGCAGAGCUCAUGACUCGAGGAAUCAUUCAGCAGGUCCUCCCCCUCCACGAGCAGCGAAUGCUUAACCGCUUGGUGAAGUCGUGGGUUCAGGCCGUCUGCGAGUCGCAGCCAGUAGACGAUAUCUGUGACUAUUUUGGGGUUAAAAUAGCAAUGUACUUCUCGUGGCUCGGGUACUACACGUGGUGCAUGAUCUACCCAGCUGUGAUCGGUUUUGGACUCUGGGCAUUUACAGAGUCUGACCAGACAAGUCGUGACGUGAUUUGUGUGGCCUUUGCCCUGUUUAACGUUGUGUGGACCACCUUGUUUCUGGAGGGCUGGAAACGGCAGAGCGCAGAGCUGGCCUACAAGUGGGGCACUUUGGACCGGCCAGCAGAGCUGAUAGAGGAGCCCAGGUCCCAGUUCAGGGGUGUCAAACGAGUCAGUCCAGUUACGGGUUGUGAGGACUUCUAUUACUCACCGUGGAAACGGAGGUUGUUCCAGUACUUUGUCAGUCUUCCUGUAUGUCUCUUCUGUCUCUGCAUUGUGUUCCUGACCAUGCUUAUCUGCUUUGAACUGCAGGAAUUUGUGAUCAGUAUCAAAGAACUGCCUCGGAUUGUCACCUACUUUCCUAAAGUCUUACUGGCUAUUGUGGUUACAGUUCUCGAUGAUGUUUACAAGAAAAUUGCCUAUUGGUUAAAUGACAUGGAGAAUUACCGUUUACAGAGUGCCUAUGAGAAACACCUCAUCAUUAAAAUAGUUUUGUUUCAGUUUGUGAAUUCCUAUCUCAGCCUUUUCUACAUUGGAUUCUACCUCAAAGACAUGGAGCGUCUCAAGGAGAUGUUACUAGUCUUCUCUCUGAGUAAAAGCCUUCUGCGGCAGGCUAAAGACGCCCUCCUCCCGUACUUUCUUCUCAAAGUCUAUCUCCUCCUCAUCUUCAAGCGAAACAUGUUGACGAGAGCCUCCACUGUCUGCUCCCGGUGGUUUAUCGGCAAAAUGUUGGCCACGCUUCUGAUCACCAGGCAGAUUAUCUUGAACAUGAAGGAGGUUCUCCAGCCACUCUUCUACGAAAAGUACAAGCAGGGAGACCUCACACUUCAAGCACUGGCCAGCACCCUGAGGAAUCUGUUCAAAAACGUCCCGGACCGGUUCAGAGGGGAAGGGACACCUCCGGACGACCCGGUCGAGCAGGAGCCUGAAGAGCUGGCCAUUGAUCAGGGCAAUGAGAAAGGGGAAACCAAGUGUGAGAACGGGGCGUGCGGAGCACCUGAAGAGGAGGAGGAGCAGAGGGAGGAGGAUGGCGACGAGGAGAGCAUCCUGGACUGCGGGCUCCGGCUCUCCAAGAAGGUCAGCUUCGCCGGGGGUGGCCAAGGCCCCGCCAAGGAGGAGAGGAGCUGUGAGAUGGAGGGUGUCCUGGACGGCAUGCUGAUGGAGGAGGGCAGCCCCAUCCUGGUGGAGAGAGGCGCCGAGGGAGGACUCAUGUUCGAGCUGUGUGAGCAUGACGCAAAGAUCGAGGCAGACUACGGCCACAUUGCAGGGGAGAACAAGGAGCUGAGCGUCACGCUGAGACAGAGGAGGAAGGACAAGAACACAGAGCAAGGGGAGGACACCGAAUCUACAGCAAACAGGCUGUCCUGGAUGGACCCACCUGAUGACUAUGAAGACGCCCCCCUUACACAAGGAGAAAUUGAGAGCUUAAUGCAGAAAUAUGAGGACACUUUCCAGGACUACCAAGAGAUGUUCAUCCAGUUUGGGUACGUGGUACUCUUCUCCUCUGCCUUCCCCCUUGCUGCAACGUGUGCCCUCAUCAACAACAUAAUUGAGAUCCGCAGUGAUGCCUUCAAACUAUGCACGGGAUCCCAGAGGCCGUUUGGCCAGAGAGUGGACAGUAUUGGCCAGUGGCAGAACGUGAUGGAAGCCAUGGGAGUUCUGGCCAUCAUCGUGAACUGCUAUCUGAUUGGUCAGUGUGGACAGUUGCAACGCCUAUUCCCAUCGCUCAGCUCAGAGAUGGCCAUUGUCCUCGUGGUCAUUCUAGAGCACUUCGCUUUCCUGUUGAAGUAUGUGCUCCAGAUCGCUAUCCCAGAUGUUCCCGCCUGGGUGGCUGAGGAAAUGGCGAAGCUGGAGUAUCAGCGACGGGAAGCUUUUAAGAAACACGAACGCCAGGCACAGCAGCGGUACCAGCAGCAGCAGCGGCGGCGGCGGGAGGAGGAGAAGCAGCGGCAGGAACAGCGGGAGAGCGCGCAGAGCCGCCGGGAGCGAGAGGCGGGCCGGGAGGAGGGCCGGGCCGGCGCCGCGCCCUCCGACCAGCCCCAGGGCCGCUCCGGGGGCAGAGCCAAGAUGGCGACGGCGGCGGCGGCGCCCAGCGACAAACCGAAGCGGCCCAGCUCGCUGCUGGCGUCCAACAACGUGCUGAAGCUGAAGCAGAUCAUCCCGCUGCAGGGCAAGUUCCUGUCGGGGGCCAGUGGCGGCGGGGGGACGGCAGGCAGCGCGGCGGGGGCCAAAUCCCCGCAGUCCCCCACCGGCAGCGAGAGCAAGCUGCCCGGCUUCCUCACCUUCAGGUUCCUUAAAUCGCCGGCGGACGGGCGGAAGGAAGGGACAGCCGAGAAGGUACAGUCGCCCACCAAGCCCUUCAACCCGGGCAAACUCUUCAACUUCGGCAAGUCCGACUCCAGCAGCAACGGCGCCGCCCCGCCCCAGCCCCAGCCCAAGGCGGCAGCAAGCGGGAGCGCCCCCGGAGAAGGAGGCGAGAAAGCUCCCGCCAGCCGGGCUGACCUGAACGGGCUGCCGGAGGAGACCACUGCCCCUGGCCCGGAGUCUACCAGCCCCAAGCGUUAACUCAGCCCGAAGGGUUUGUAGCCAGCUGGAGGUGUCUGAAACUUCCUGCAGAAGAUUUCCCUUCUCUCGUUAUUACUUUGUAAAAAAUAAUAAUAUUCAGGGAUAGAAGUCUGUAUUUGAAAAACAGAAUUCUCAUCAUCUUCAGGUUUUUAUACAACAUGGUUGGGGGUAGACCCUUUGAUUUACCAAUACCGCAAUCUGCUUUUUUAAGUUGUCCACGGACACUGGAGACUUUUGUGUCAACCUUCCCAUCUUGGCAGGUCACGGUAACUAGAGGGACACGAUCAAUCACACAAGCCACGUCUCACUUUGCAUUUUGCAAAUCAGGCAUAAGUCUCAGUGAACCCGUCCACGACCAGUUGUAAAAAAAAGUUGCAUUUGAACCCCGUUGUCACCAUUUCAAGGUGGGGAACAGGUGUCGCUUCUGUCGAGCGUGUGGCCAGAGCUGUUACCAAUGGGCUCCUGGUUUUGCAGAGCCUGGCUGUCUGCCCCAAGUCAAAGGCAACAAACCUCCUGGAGAUUUCAGACGGGAGGGGGAAUUGGGACUGUGAAGCCUUCAUUUCACUGGUUAGGUAAAUAAUGAAAGUAUUUGAUUGACGUUUGAAAGGCAUGAUGGCGAGAGGCUGUUUCCUCAGGCUGGAGAGUCUAGACCAAGGAACAACCUCAGGAUAAGGAAUCUGUAAUUUAAGGUGAGGUGGCAAUUCCUGUAGCGGAUGGGUUGUAAAUCCUUAGACUUUUCUGCUAUUGAGUGUUCUCCAAGCUGAGAGCAAAUGUUUUUUUAUGCUUUGGGUAGUAAAAUGGAUGUAGAGGAUUGAUUACAAUCUUGAAUGGCAGGCUUGAGGGGCUGAAUGGUCUCCUGUUAUAUAUGGUGGCCUUGCAUAUUAUACUGUUUGUGACUGCAGGAGCAAAGGACAAAGGGUUCAGGAGACCCUUCCACAGUGAACUGUGCUCUGAAGUGAACAGGAGGAGAGCCUUGGGUUGCUGGCUCCCACUGGGUGUAGGCAGAUACCAUAUAUUUUUUGCACACCACCACAACCCCUUCUAUUCUUCCUGCAUCUGUCCCCAGUAUUUUCAUAACUGUGUUAUCUUAAGUGAUCAAAAGAUAUAAAGAAAAAGAACUAUAGGAUCCCCAUGCAGGACUUUCCUCCAUUUUGCAGCACGGCCUGGGGAAUAUUUAAAGUAUUAUCGUUUUAGAGAAGAGGAAUACUGGGCUCAUUAAGGAAAUGGAUGGACUACUGGUGUCAGUAGACGGUUCCAUUUGAUGGAUCACACUUUGUGAGCAUGCCAAGCUGAUGGCUGAGAAUAACACGGGAAUGCUGUCCUCCGAAAGGAACAUCAGGCUUUCCCAUUCAUGGGACAUUGGUUACCAGGGAUGGGCUAAGAGGAAGUCAUUCUGUUGUGUUUAAUGAAACUUAAAUUGAACAGGAAUUGGCACCUUGGCAAAUUGAAUAAGUGGGGCUACAGAUACGGCUUUAAAGAAAGAAAGAGUGAUCAAAAGGUUCGGGUGAAGGGAAAACUGCAUUUAAAGUGAAAGCAGUUUGGGUAAUGGUAGGCGAGUCAGUAAUUAUGUACCAUCACAAACAAAACUGGGAGGAGUUGCAUCGAAAUGCAUAGACAAUGUAACAAGGUUGGCAGAUUAAAGGUAUAAGUAAUAAUGAUUUUGAUUUAAUGGACUUUUCUGGGAUAUGAUCAUGCAGCAACCGAGGAUGGGAAUUCCAGCAAGUUUGUUUGGGAAUUGGAAAGGAAGGGCAUGGAAUGUGGUCCUGAAUAAUAAAGGAUUUCACAAAGGCAUUAGGGAGAAAUGAUCUGGCUCAGAACGAUAAGUAGAAUCGGUGUAGUUGAGAUAAGAGAUGAAAAGGUACAGAAAACACAGGUAGCAAAUGAGAAAAUCUGCAGAUGCUGGAAAUCCAAGCAACACACAAAAUGCUGGAGGAACUCAGCAGGCCAGGCAGCAUCUAUGGAAAAAAGUACAGUCAAUGUUUCAGGCCGACGCCCUUUGGCAGGACUGAAGGGGAAAAAAAGCUGAGGAGUAGAUUUAAGGGGGGGGAGAGAGAAACACCAGGUGAUAGGUGAAACCUGGAGGGGGAGGGAUGAAGUAAAGAGCUGGGAAGUUGAUUGGUGAAAGAGACAGAAGAGUUAACUGACCCAGAAUACCAGUUAUACACAGUGGCCACUUUUUUAGGUACAGGAGUGGAACCUGGUCUGGUUUUCUGCUGCUGCAACCCAUCCACUUCAAGGUUUGAUGUGUAUUCAGAGAUGUUCUUCUGCACACUGCUGUUGUAACACGUGAUUAUUUGAGUUACUGUCACCUUCUGGUCAGCUUGAACCGGUCUGGCCAUUCUUCUCGUCCUCUUACAUUAACAAGCAUUUUCACCCACAGAACUGCCGCUCAUUGGAUUUUUUUUGGUUUUCCGCGACAUUUUCUGUAAAUUCCAGAGACUGUUGUGCAUUUAGAUUCUAAGAGAUCUGCAGUUUCUGAGAUACUCAAACCAUCCCAUCUGACACCACCAAUUAUUCUACAGUCAAAGUUACUUUGAUCAAUUUCUUCCCCAUUCUGAACAACAGCUGAACCUCUUGACCAUGUCUGCAUGCUUUUAUGCAUCGAGCUGCUGCCACACGACUGGCUGAUUAGAUAUUUGCAUUUGCAAGCAGGUGCACGUAAUAAAGUGGCCACUGAGUGCAUUUUGGAGAGUUAAGUGAUAAGAUGAGCUUGUAGAAAAGCUAAUACAAUAACAUGGAAGAAUUUAUUUUUCAUAAGGACUGCAAAUUGAAGGAAAAUAUUAAAGACUGGAUUUGGUUUAGUUUACCAGAAUGACAUGUCAUGUAGAGGCAACAAAGGAACAGCCCACUGUAGUGAACUGAAUUAGUAAUCUUGGAGUAAGUGAUUAGUGAGGGGAAAAUAAUCAGCAUAUGAUUAUUCAGAUUAUAUAGCAUUCAAGUCAGAGAUUUGAGCCUUGAACUUAAAGCUAGUUACAUAGUUAUGAAAAAAAUGUGUAAAUCUCUGAUUAGGCUUUAGCUUGGGAAUUGUGGCCUGGGCUUCAUAUUUUAAGGAUGACAAGAACUUGGAGAGGGUAUACUUGAAUUUUAGCAGAAAUGAUGGUCUCUUCUUAGAAGAGAAGAUUUAAUAAUAAGGUUUUUAUGUUUCAAUAGGUUUUUGUAGAUUAAAUAAUGACAAAAGACUUCUCCUUGCUAUCACAGAUUUUAGAUCAUCUGCAAAAGAAAAAUGCUGUAAAGAAUUUUUUUCACAGUGAGCUGUGAUCGGGAACCUGCUGCUUGAAAGAGCAACGAAACACAUUCAGUAAUAAAUUCCUAAGUGAAUUGCAUAAAUACUUGAAAGGAAAAGUUUGCAAGGCUAUGGGGAAAGUCCAGAGUGAACAACUAAAUCAGAGUUGGCAGACAUCAUAGGCAGGAUAGCCUCCUGUGGUACUAAACGACUGAGAAAUAUGUUCAGAGAAUCAGAAGCUUUAUUGUAGAAAGCCAACUACAAAAUCAGAAAAACAUUCAAGUCUUUGCUGCCAAGUAACUUCAGGUCUUCUCCCACUAUUCUUUUCUCCAAUAAUGGUGCAGUGAUAGACAGAAGCAACACAGAAGUAGGCCUUUUGGCCCAUUGAGCCUACACUGCUCACCAUUUAUGCUAAUCUUAUGUUAAUUCCAUUUUAUUCACCACCCCACAUUCUUAUCAGCUCUCCUCCCCUCCCCCAUUUCUACCACAGAUCUAAACACAAGGGAUAGGUUUUACAUAGGCUAAUUAACUUAAUUAACAUAUCCUCCUUAUGUGGAAGGAAACAGGAGAGAACCCAUCCAGUCAUGAGAAUGUGCAAGCUCCAUGCCCCCAGCUCCUGAGAUCAAGUUUGAACCUGGGUCUCUGGCACUGUGAGGCAGCAACUCUGCCAGCUGUGUCACUGUGCAACCACAAGCCUUGUAUCUUUCUUGAGUGACAGUAUGGGAAGCAUUAAGAUACUGACUGCAAAGACAGCAUAAUAGCACACAUUGAGAUGAGGUUUUACUAGACAGAAGAGGGUUUUUAGGAUAUAAUCAUGUCUGUUCUCCCUAUCCGUUCCCUGUACCACUGUGUGUUCCCCUUUAUGUUAAUUACAGGAAGCCCUGGUCUGCAAAUCUGACCUUUUAUGAGUUUUAAACUACAAAUCAAACCCAAGUAUUACUACACCAUUCCUGAUGAGAAUAAAGUUGAUAGAAAUAGUGUAAUUUUACACUUCAGACUGAGGUAUUUAUUAUCCUUUAUCAAUAUAUGGUGAAUGUGGUUUCUUAUGGUUCUAUAUAUAAAUGUAUAUAAGCAUGUAUAAUGGUCUGUGCACCAAGAAACACUUUCAGCAUAUAUGUUUAAAGUGUUCCAGUGUAGAACGGAUUAAAUAUAUCACUUGGAUCUAAAUGGAAAUGCUUAUAUUGAAUUUUGUAUUAAAUGGCACCCUGUGUUUAUUGGGUAAGGGAAUUACUACAGUAGAAUUGUGCCCUCUGGUGAACUCCCAUUCCGUUCACCUUUCCAAGAAAGGAUUUGCAUUUAAUAGUGUUUCUUCACAACCUCAAAGCAAGCCAAAACCGAUUUUUAAGGGUGAAUUCUUGAUAGAAUAAAAGCAGCACUGCAAUAUUCCACAACCAUCGACUAGGUAAAGGUUCAAUUUUUGAGUAAUGCUGAUUGUGGAAUAUUGGCUCAGAUGAAUAUGGAGAUGUUGGAAAUAUUCAGCAGGUUGAACACAAUCUAUGGUGACAGAAAUAGUUAAUGUUUCAGUAUUACGAUCUCUCACCAUAUCAGUCAGGAGACUGAGAAAACUCUUGAGAAUCUCAGGGUCUUUUAUAUCUCUCUGAGAAGACAGCUGGAGUCUCUCUCCUGAAUGACCAACAAUGAUGCUGCAACUUGGGCUGGGAUUUUUCUCAAGUCCUGAGAGAAGUGAACCCACAGUCGAGUAAUCUACUGAGCCAUGGCUAAUAUUGGUGUUCGAAGAUACAGUCAGUUGGGUUCAGUCUACUUCAAUAAAGCUGCACUUUAUGCCCACUGCCACAUGGUUUGGAAGUACUGUCAUCACAGUGGCUAAUCUAUAGUGAAAUCUCAUUGAAAAAUUCUCUCCCCGCCCAUCCCAGUUAGAAAGACAAGUUGAAAGGUCUGAACCUAACAAUGAGAGGCAAGGGAAUAAAGAGCGGAAAUUUAACUUCAAAGUGGCCUUAACUGUAAAGGGCACGUGAGCAAAUUAGUUCAAGCAAGGCAUGCAUCCUGGCAAACAGUCACAGAGUUCCCUGUUUCUAUUGUCUCAUUUUAUUCUUGUCAACAUUUUGUGAGCUUUGUUCUUUAACGUGAGAUUCUGUGCCAAAGUACACAGAGGCAUUACAGGUAGAGAGAAUCACACUCUCAGCAAACUUAAGAGAUGAUUGCAGCUCUGCUCCUUGGGAUUUAGUUCUAAUUUAUUUCACCUGUCUUUCUCUUGUCCUGCUUCCAAUAGAUGUUGCUUCCCCACUGAGACUUUGCCAGAAAUAGUAUUGCUGAACGCAACAAGAUAUUCAGCCACAGCAGCCUGGCAGGUUCAAGCACCUCACUCCCACCACACUCAGGAAGCACUUCUGUAAAAGGAAAGUGAUUUAAAACUUUUCCUGUUUGCAGCCUGUGAAGAUAGAUGUGACACACCAAGGACAGAGCUUGGUGCCAGGCCAGAGCACUCCUGGUUUUACUGGCAGUGUUCCGCACCGGGAAUUCUCUCAGUAACUGAGCUACUCCCUUUGGAAUUGGUGCACAGAUGGUUCUAGAAAUAAGGACUGAGUAAUCGUUCUUUGGAAUAUUCCUAAAGGGGCACUUUGCAUCUUAAUGACUUAGUAUUUAAUAAAGGAAGACACUUUGGUAACUAUCACUUAUUUUCAAAAGGCUUUUGACAAGGUCCCACACAGGAGAUUAGUGUGCGAACUUAAAGCACACGGUAUUGGGGGUAAGGUAUUGAUCUGGAUGGAGAAUUGGUUAGCAGACAGGAAGCAAAGAGUGGGAAUAAACGGGACCUUUUCAGAAUGGCAGGCGGUGACUAGUGGGGUACCGCAAGGCUCAGUGCUGGGACCCCAGUUGUUUACAAUAUAUAUUAAUGACUUGGAUGAGGGAAUUAAAUGCAGCAUCUCCAAGUUUGCGGAUGACACGAAGCUGGGUGGCAGUGUUAGCAAUGAGGAGGAUGCAGAGUGACUUGGAUAGGUUGGGUGAGUGGGCAAACUCAUGGCAGAUGCAAUUUAAUGUGGAUAAAUGUGAAGUUAUCCACUUUGGUGGCAAAAAUAGGAAAACAGAUUAUCAUCUGAAUGGUGGCCGAUUAGGAAAAGGGGAGGUGCAACAAGACCUGGGUGUCAUUAUACACCAGUCAUUGAAAGUGGGCAUGCAGGUACAGCAGGCGGUGAAAAAAGCGAAUGGUAUGCUGGCAUUUAUAGCGAGAGGAUUCGAGUACAGGAGCAGGGAGGUACUACUGCAGUUGUACAAGGCCUUGGUGAGACCACACCUGGAGUAUUGUGUGCAGUUUUGGUCCCCUAAUCUGAGGAAAGACAUCUUUGCCAUAGAGGGAGUACAAAGAAGGUUCACCAGAUUGAUUCCUGGGAUGGCAGGACUUUCAUAUGAAGAAAGACUGGAUGAACUGGGCUUGUACUCGUUGGAAUUUAGAAGAUUGAGGGGGGAUCUGAUUGAAACGUAUAAGAUCCUAAAGGGAUUGGACAGGCUAGAUGCAGGAAGAUUGUUCCCGAUGUUGGGGAAGUCCAGAACGAGGGGUCACAGUUUGAGGAUAG